AUGCCUGAUACUGUUCACAACCUAUGUCUUCUGUCGCUUCUGGCAUUCUCAGGGCAAGCCCACGCUUUUGGGGCGGGUAAUAUUGCAUCAAUAUCCCGCAUUGAGGGCCAGAACUGGCGUCAUGGAGACAUCGAAGAUGUGUUGUUGACCCUGUUUCUGGCUCGCGUGGCUGGCGGCCGUAAAUUCAGCAAACUCGAUGUGCAGCGUGUCUAUUUCGGGAACUGGCUCCGCGACUACAGCCAGGCUGUUGAUAUCGGUACUCUGAAAUAUGUAAGCGCCGAAGCCAUCCGCAUCCUGAUCUGGGUGCUCGGUUUUUUGAGUUUUGGAUAUGGGACCAAGGAGUUUGAGGUGACUACGGAACGUCUAGGAUGUUAUGAGCCUACAGAGCAUAUAGACAAUCCUCUUGGUUAUGCUGAAGGGGAGGAUGCUCGGGAUUAUGAUCAUCGACUCAGGGGUCCAGUUGAUGAGGAGCGUGAGCUAUCAGUUAACCCUAUGACAGAGGAUAUUGGUAUUGCUACAUCUGCAGGCCUUGUACGGCAUGUCUUCCGUCGUUCGAUUCAGCUAGGCCGCCAAUAUGCGAGAUCGCAGAACGAUGAAGACUUGCAUGAAGCUUUUCGUCUUCUCGGGACUGGCUUGCACUGCCUGGAGGACUAUGCAGCACAUUCUAAUUAUACAGAGCUGAGUCUUAUUGAGAUGGGUGAAUCAGACAUCUUCCCUCAUGUCGGUCGUAAUACAAAAAUUGAGCUCCAUGGUGCGCAAAAUGACGUCUAUCCUGUUGUUACCGGCACUUUCGGUGGCGUGGACUUUUUUCACUCCGUAUUAGGUGAGCUUUCUGACAAGGUCACACAGUCUGAAGUCCAAACCUUGGAAGGUGUCAUUAUUGAGUCACAGAGUGGUUCCCCUUCUGAGAGCUUCGUACAGGAUCUUCUCAGCAUGAUACCUGCUGGAUUAGUAGACGACAGUGAAGCCCAGGCAAAUAAAAUGGAAGAAUUCAAGACACAGUCAGAGAACGUCAAGCAACAUCGCCAAGAUGUAUCUCUGUGUGAGCCAGAAGCAUGGACCUGCUACCUGGAAGGGGUGCAUCAGCAAAUCUACCCUGUAUUGGAGUGGCAUGAUGAGAUUAUCAAGUCGAUCAACACUGCCAUCGAGAAAAUACCUGUUCUACCAGAGUUGGUGGAGCAAAUUCGAGAUCAUAUAACGGUCUUCGUUUUCUCUGUUCUGGCACCCUACGUGCUCCCUAUUAUCAAGCAUGUAAAGGUGGAGCUUCAAACCGGCUCCUCCGAGGUUAUUCAAAGUAGCAGAAAGCAACAACACAUUGUUUUUGAAGACGAUGAAUCCUCAAACCCCACCCAUUCUAUGCUUUCUAAGGAUCAUUUCUCAAACGUCCUGAACGAACCAGCAGGCCGGGUAGCUUCCCAAGUUAUCAAGUGGACAGUGCCACAGCUGAUGGAGUGUUGGGAUAGUGAAGACAUUGAUAUCACAAGGACCCUGGACAGAAUAAUCGUGGGUGUGUUCCAUCACCCUGCCCUUCGUGAAUAUGGAGAAGAUGGUGCAGCCGAUUUACGCCAGACCAUGUUCCAUACAGUCGAGGAAUGGUGGUAUGGUAAGACCGAGGAAGAGCAAGAGUAUCUGCGCGAACAGCUUACUCGCCAAGGCGUAUUUGAAGGUAAAAACCAUAAGGAAGGUGUGCAUGACACUGGUCAUGGCUGCGGUAAGCCACUUGCGUUACGCAAAGGCGGCCAUGUCAACUCCAUUGAUCCCAACGGAUCUGAUUAUAGUAGUCUGGAGGAAGUUGCGGCCGAGGCUACUGGUGAUGGAACACUCAGGGGCCUAGUCAGCGGCCUUGUAAGUAGUGUUGGGUCUAUACUAUUGAAAGAUCCCGAGCCACUCUUGUCAGACGGUGCGGUCAUGGUGGACAGGUACGAAAGUCACGGAAAACUUGAUGAUCAAGAGGAGCAAGAUCAGUAUGGGUACCAGGAACCAUAUGACGAGGUAUUACUUGAAGAACAGCGGUACCACCAGUGUGUGGACGCGGAGAGGCAAAGCUAUGAAGACGACAAGUCUUACCAGGAUUCUGUGCCCUGGUACAAUGGCACUGGAGAAGGCUGCGGUGGGGCUAGAGGCGCUGAGUACAUGUCGGGAGAGGAGUAUGGUGCAGACCACUACAGCAGCAAAAGCGAUGACUACAUGGAACAACAGUACGGACAUUGA